AUGGCUGCCAACGCAAAGCGACCCGAAAUUAUCACCCUAUCUCGCGACUUGCGAGGUGUUCCGCACUGUGAAGACUAUGAACGCAUGAUUUCCGGGAUGAUGUAUAAUCCUAACACGCCCAAGUUGCUCGAGGCACGUCACCACUGCCGUGGUUUGACAGCGGAUUACACCAACAUGGACACUAAGGCCAUUCAAUACGAUCAGGUAUUCGAAAAGCGACUGGAAAUGCUUCGAAAGCUAUGUGGCAAGGUUGGAGAUGGCACCUUUGUUGAGCCGCCCUUUAAGCCGGACUAUGGCUGUAAUAUCAUUAUUGGCGAGGGCUGCUUUAUCAACUGGAACGUCACUAUUUUGGAUACCAGCCUGGUGGUGAUCGGCGACCGCGUCCAAAUCGGCACUGGCGUGAGUAUUCUGAGUGCUGGCCACGACACGAGUAUCUUGUCCCGCCAGAAAUUCGUCGAAUUUGGGCAUCCUAUUUUCAUUGAAGACGAUUGCUGGAUUGGUGCCAAUGCGAUCAUUUUGCCUGGCGUUCGCAUUGGGAAGGGUACCACUAUUGGCGCAGGUUCGAUCGUCACCAAGGACAUUCCUCCAUUCUCUGUCGCUGUCGGCACUCCCUGUCGCGUAAAGAAGACAAUUCCGUCCGCGGAGGAGGAGCAGCAAGACCCCAAUAAUCCGUACCGUCAUUUGAUUCGCGAUCAUUAG